CAUUCUGUUCCUGAACUGAUAAGCAUUGUUGUGGUACAGUUCAUGAGACUGACAUAGUGGCUCCUCACUCAGCACUUCAGAAGUCAUACAAUGGCACAAGACGCUGGCACUACCACCACCACCACUAUGUCAGCAGAGGUGGGCAGUGUCAAGCCCAAUCCUUACAUUUUUGACAUUGAGAACCGGCGAAAGCGCAAGCCCCGACUAGCACAUGAUCUUGGGGCCGGUGCCAAGUGCAAUAAGUGUGGGGACAAGUGCCCUGGAUUUGAGCUUCAUUUCUGGAGGAAGAUAUGCAUGAACUGUCGAUGUGAGGACGAUCAUGACGUGCAGGAUGAUGAUGAGGACAUUGGUAAGGUGGUCAUCGGCAAAUUGUUUGAGCGGCCAGCACGCACCAAGAAAGAGGAGCUGGAGUUUUCUUAUGGAAACAACUUAGAUAUGGUUAAUGAAGAAACAGGAAAGCCAGAGAAGGUGAAGUUUGACUGGGUGCCACCAAAUACAGAAAGAAACUUGGCAGCUCGCUACAUGGCACUCCUUCCACCAGAAAAGAGACCAGUGGCUGGAUCUGAAGCAGCUAAGGAACGACGUAAGCAGCUAGAGCAGCAGAUUCCAUUGUAUGACAUGGAUGCCAGUCAGAGAUGUGAAAAUAUGCCUACUGAGGAGCUCCAGUCUUUUGAGGCAUAUAUGGAACGCAUCAGAACCCAGGUGGCUGGCCAGGGUAUUGUUCAGGAGAUUGCUGGCAUGCCAUCACCAUCUGUUGCUCAGCCCCUCCAGAGUCAUCUACAGAAGGACCCUCAAUUCAAUAGUGGCGCUGGAAAUAUUGCAGGUCACAGUUAUCCUGGUCUUCCUUACAAAGAAGAUGACAGCACCUAUGCAGUGCCAUAUACACAGAUAACAGACCAGCCAUAUCAGCAGAAAGCACCUCAAGGGUUCAAGGAGUUUAUGGGAGGAAUGAUAGGAGAAUCCGGAAGGUUUCUGGCCAGUAGUGACUCUUAUGGUGUGGCUCCUGCAAUGUCUCAGCCACUAAGGGGUCUGGGACAGAACCAGGGUGUGCCAGGCAUCACAGCACAACUUUCUGGGCUCCAGACAGGUAGCAGUCAACAGGGCUUCCCAUCACCUGAUUCACACAAGGACCAGUUGAUUGGUGGUCCUCAUGCAAUGAAGGGUCCUCAUCAGCACAUUAUAAGCCAAGGAAGUGAAUGGCCACCUCCACCACCUUUUGCUUCAGGUCAUGGUCAACCAUCAAACCUGCCAACCUCUCCUUCAAACAAACAAGGCCUUGUGCCAGGCCAAGAGGCCCCUGUACCAGGCAAACAAGGCCUCAUGCCUGGCCAAGAGGGCUUUGUACCUGGCAAACAAGGCCUUCUGCCAGGCCAGAAGAGCUUUAUACCAGGCAAACAAGGCCUCGUGCCAGGCCAAGAGGGCUUUGUACCAGGCAAACAAGGCCUCGUGCCAGGCCAAGAAGGCUUUGUACCAGGCAAACAAGGCCUCAUGCCAGGCCAAGAGGGCUUUGUACCAGGCAAACAGGGCCUCAUGUCAGGCCAAGAAGGCUUUGUACCAGGCAAACAAGGCCUCAUGCCAGGUCAAGAGGGCUUUGUAGCAGGCAAACAAGGCCUCGUGCCAGGCCAAGAAGGCUUUGUACCAGGCAAACAAGGCCUCAUGCCAGGUCAACAAGGCUUUGUACCAGGCAAACAAGGUCACUUACCUAAUGUAGGUAGCCCUCUGCAAAGGACACCAGUCAUUACCUCAGCAGACCAGGCUCUCUCUCCUGGUAGAGACACCAUGAUCCACCGCUAUCAGAUGGGAGGAUCGGAGCCUGGCAAUAGUCAUGCUUAUGGAAAAGCUGGGGUUCUAGGCAGCCAUAGACCUUCACAAAGUCCUGCUGGUUUAAGUCCCAGUAAGGAGGGUGGCAGAGGCACUCUGCCUCAACUGUCACCAAGGGAGGAAAGCAUUACAAAUAAGGAAGCUGUUCAGGCUCCCUAUGAUGCAUACAAAGAAACAUUAUCAGGCAGCAUGCAAGUAGCACCAGGAUCAGAUGUUACUGUAUUAUUUCCUGGUGAAAGUCAUGUCUUGCGAUCUCAAGAUAUGAGUGGAGAGAUCCCUGGACAGAAGAGCAAGUUUUCAUGUCAGUAUUGCAGUCUUCCCAUGACUGUUGGGGAUGUAGCAAUCUUCUGUGAGAGAGCAGGAGCAGAUAAGUGUUGGCAUCCUGCUUGUUUCUGCUGCUUCACCUGCAAAGAACUUUUGGCAGAUCUCAUCUAUUUCUAUAAAGAUGGAAAAGUUUAUUGUGGUCGCCACUUCACAGAUGCUAUGGACAUGCCAAGGUGUAAAGCCUGUGACGAGUUGAUAUUUGGAGACUCCUGGACCCGAGCUGAUAACUUUAAUUGGCAUAUUCACCACUACUGUUGCUACAUGUGCGACACACCUCUGGCUGGCCAGCGCUAUGUGCCAGACAAAAAUGGCUUCCCAUACUGCUUGCCGUGCCACAUGGCUUACCAGGCUAAGACAUGUCAGACCUGCGAAGAAAAGAUAGCACCUGCAGAAAACAGGUGCAGCCAUCGUGGAUAUUUCUAUCAUGCAAACCCUCAGUGCUUCCAGUGCUAUUCUUGCAAGACUGCUCUACUGGGGAAAAAGUUCAAAAUGUCUAAAAAUUGGCUUUUUUGUUCUAAUGAGUGUGUGCAAGCAGCAGCAGAAGACCUGGCCAACAACCCAAAUCCUAAAGAAAUGCCUAUGUAAAUUACAUUACUGUUCUUCAUUCCAUUAUCUUCAAUAGUCUUUUUUUUUUUUUUUUUUUUUACAUAGAUUACUAAGAUACAUUUUGGAUAUAAAAUCUUGCUUGAAAAUUUUUAGUUUUACAGAGUUUGUGAUAUUUGCAUUUAUUUUUUUAAUUGAAAUCAAUUUUGUGGCAAAGAAAUUAUGUGAAUAAUUUUGGAGACCGUUCAAUCUUAACCCUCUGAAUACUGAUCUCAGUAUGACAAUAAUUAAUUCUGAAGAAUAAAAAAUUAACUUAAAGGCAUUAAACUUGAUUUUUUUCUUGUCAACAGUUUCCAAAAUCAAACUCUAAACAUGCUGUACAAGAUUUUAUGAAGCUUGAAAGGAAGCCAUAGUAGUCAAAGGGUUAACACAUUGUCUUGUAUUUCCAGUGUUUCAUAAAAUGUAUUCAAGUAGCACCAACCUUGGGGAUAAUAUAGAAAACAAGGAAUAUAAAAGUAAGCUUAUGAUAUAGAAGAGGAAUCCAUGCCUCAUUUCUUGAAUAGACCAGAAACCAGCCUAUAAUUUACACACACACACACACACACACCGUAGUGUAGUGGUUAGCACGCUCGACUCACAAUCGAGAGGGCCGGGUUCGAGUUUCGGCGCAGCGAGGCAACUGGGCGAGCCUCUUAAUGUGUGGCC